GAGAUGCACAGGUAGCUAGCGAAGGGCUCCCGCUAGUCUACCUAGCGACACUCUUGUCUCUGCGCGAUACGCUUGAAGUGUGUGGAGGUGAGAGUCUCGGAGAAUCCACCCCGCAGCACCGCAUCCCGCUCAGGUCACCUUAGCGCUCCACAUACCGGCAUUUUCCGACCCCCGUCUCCGAAGAUGAUACUUGGCAAACGAAGAGCUGCAGUCAUGUCCCUCUCGGUGGCGAUACUCGGAGCCCUGAUGCUGCAGUCCGUCUCCUCUCAGAACGAGCCGUCCAUUUCGGCCUCUGAACACGCCACACUUCCUGUGGAAGGCGACUCUUACAUACUGCAGUGCAACCUGACCAGCGCCCACAGUGUGCACCAGGAGAGCUACUGGAUGAAGAACGGGGAGGAGAUCCCGGAAACACGCAGCCCAAAUAGGAACACUGAGUACAAGCUGAGAAAACCAAAAGGAGACGCCGCCGGAUGGUACAUGUGUGUCUACACCUUCGAGAUGGCUCCUCCAGCAAACGCCACCAUAGAAGUUAAAUCUGCUCCUGACAUUACAGGCCACAAGCGCAGUGAGAAUAAAAACGAGGGCCAACUUGCUGUACUCUACUGUAAGUCUGUGGGCUACCCUCACCCUGUCUGGACCUGGCGUAAGUUAGACAACGGCAUUCCCAGGGAAAUUGACAACUCAAGCGGCCGUUUCUUCAUCAGCAGCAGAGACAACUACACCGAGCUCAACAUUGUCAACCUGGACAUUAACGUGGAUCCGGGCGAGUACCACUGCAAUGCCACCAACAUGCUCGGCAGCCGCGAUGAGAUGAUCGUGCUGAGGGUUCGCAGUUACUUGGCCCCCUUAUGGCCUCUUCUGGGGGUGUUGGCCGAGAUCAUCAUCCUGAUCGUCAUCAUCGUUGUUUAUGAGAAGCGCAAGAAGCCAGACGAUUUACAAGACGAUGAUGACCCUACAGGUCCAGUCAAAACUAAUUCAACCAACAACCACAAAGACAAGAAUCUCCGCCAGAGGAAUACAAACUGAGCAGCCUGUCUGCUGAGUUUCAUUACACAUGUAUUGACCAUAUGAAGGUAAACGAGAAGGGCGUCCAUACCAGUUGUUGCCACGACGAGUAUGGUUGUGGAGGAGUUCAAUGAGGCAUGCCUUAUGAUUUUGUUGUGUGGGGGUGCGAAUAUGGAUUAUGAAACUGUUAACAUUAUAACCAUUGUUGCUGCAUGCAGUUGUUGAUGUUAAAGAUUUAUUUCCCCUCUUAUCCACUAAUUUUACAUUUUUACUGCUUCAAAAAUAAUGCAUGCAAGAUGUUGACCUUCUGUUUGAUACAGAAACGGCUUUUUAAAUUGUUGUUUUGCUCUUCUCUGAGACUGGCUUUAUUUAGACAAUCUGUACUGUGUGUUCUAGAGGAAAAACAAAACUUGGCAAUGUAAAAAAAAAUGCCACCAUAAUCUUGGUUGACAGUUGUGUACAGUUUUAUCAAACCACUGCAUACCAUUUUAUCAGAAAAUAUAUAUUGCAUUUUAAGGGCUUUGCAACGUCCCUCUAAAUUUGAAUAAGAUGUACUUUACUGUAUGUAUUAAAUCACUAUAACUAUGUAUCAGAUCACCAUUAAUAUAAAGACGAUUCAUAUGAUAUGAUGCACUUAAAUGUUGAGGAUAAUGAAAAACUGUAUAAACCGACUUUAGGAAAUCUGUACUUAUAAUUCUGACAUAUUGUUUUAUAAUCAUGUGUAUUGUACAGCAUGGCUAUUAUCCUAUGCAAUUAUUCUCCAUAUCAAUAUAUUGAAAACCAUUGCCGCUUUUGAUUUCUCUGUGACAAAGCUUUAAACUAGGAUCACCGUAGAGCGUUGAUGGCGUACUACACAGCUGCUGCAUGACUUCUCUAGUGCUAGCGUGGGAGGUGGUGAACGAAGCCCACGUCAGGACGGAUACAUGUGAAGCAAU